AUGGGCGGGGAGCUGGUGCCUGGCCUGGGGGCCCUGCGACGGCGAAAGCGCUUGCUAGAGCAGGAGAAGUCGCUGGUGGGCUGGGCGCUGGCGCUGGCGGGAACUGGCAUCGGACUCAUGGUGCUACACGCAGAGAUGCUGUGGUUCGGGGGCUGCCCGUGGGCGCUCUACUUGUUCCUCGUUAAAUGCAUGAUCAGCACUUCCACCAUCUUGCUCCUUUGCCUUAUCACAGCCUUUCACGCCAAAGAGGUCCAGCUGUUCAUGACCGACAACGGGCUCCGAGACUGGCGCGUGGCGCUGACCCGGCGGCAGGCGGCACAGAUCGUGCUGGAGCUGGCGGUGUGCGGGCUGCACCCAGCACCAGGGCUGGGCCCACCGUGCGCGCAGGGCUCGGGGGCGACGCAGCCCUGGCCGAGCUUCCUGAGCCAGGGGGAGGCGCUGCUGUCCCUGGCCAUGCUGCUGCGCCUCUACCUGGUGCCCCGCGCCGUGCUCCUGCGCAGCGGCGUCCUGCUCAACGCAUCCUACCGCAGCAUAGGCGCUCUCAACCAGGUCCGCUUCCGCCACUGGUUCGUGGCCAAGCUGUACAUGAACACGCACCCUGGCCGCCUGCUGCUCUGCCUCACGCUUGGCCUCUGGCUUACCACGGCCUGGGUGCUGUCCGUGGCCGAGAGGCAGGCUGUUAAUGCCACUGGGCACCUUUCAGACACUCUGUGGCUGAUCCCCAUCACGUUCCUGACCAUCGGCUAUGGGGACGUGGUGCCGGGCACCAUGUGGGGCAAGAUUGUCUGCCUCUGCACUGGAGUCAUGGGGGUCUGCUGCACAGCCCUGCUGGUGGCUGUGGUAGCCCGGAAGCUGGAGUUUAACAAGGCAGAGAAGCACGUACACAACUUCAUGAUGGACAUCCAAUAUGCCAAAGAGAUGAAGGAGUCAGCUGCCCGGGUACUGCAGGAGGCCUGGAUGUUCUACAAACACACGCGCAGGAAGGACUCCGGAGCUGCCCGCAAGCAUCAGCGCAGGCUUCUGGCCGCAAUCAACACGUUCCGCCAGGUGCGUCUGAAACACCGAAAGCUGCGGGAACAAGUGAACUCCAUGGUGGACAUCUCCAAGAUGCACAUGAUCCUGUGUGACUUGCAGCUGGGUCUGAGCAGCUCACACCGGGCCCUGGAAAAGCGAAUUGACACAUUAGCAGGGAAGCUGGAUGCCCUGACUGAGCUGGUUAGCACUGCCCUGGGGCCUCGGCAGCUUCCAGAAUCCAGCCAGGAGACCACAUAGCUGGAUCUAUGGAGGAAGAACCAGCCUGCUUUCCCCAGGACUGAGGUCAAGGACAUCCUCCCUGCCAAUCCUGACUCAGCCC